GGACUCCAGUAAGACUAGUUAUGACAGCAAAACUAACAUGCAAGGCACCAGAAGGUAACACCGACUUGAGUGAGCCCUGAGGGCGAGGACAUACAGUACAAAUGGAGGCUGAUGGAAAUGGAACUGAAUACAGCUCGAAAAACCUGGAUGACCCCUCUGACCCAUCGGAGCUGUUUCUCCCUGAUCCAGAUGAUGAGAAGGUGAAGGAGGUGAAGGAAGACAAGGUGGAGAAGAAGAAAAUGAGGAGAUGCAUUAGAUUAAUCAUAGUAAUUGUACUGACUGUACUAGCAGUAAUCACUGCACUGACAGUAGGGCUUCUUGUGUGGAACUUUCACUUGAAAGAUGUAAGGGUCAAAAAGGUGUUCAGUGGUUCUUUGACCAUCGGCAAUAGGAGAUACAUCGACUCCUAUGAGGACAGCAGAAGUACUCAAUAUAAUGAGCUAGCCUCUCAACUUUCUAGUCAAAUGAAAAAUAUGUACAAAAAUUUGCCAUUACUGGCCAAAUAUUACGUCAGCUCCAGUGUUCAAGCCUUCAGUGAGUCCAAUAAUGGUGGUGUUAUAGCUUACUACAUGUCUGAGUUCAAUGUGCCAGAGGAUCAGGUAUCUGCGGUGGAUGAAUCCAUUGAGUCCUUAAUGGUUACCACUGAACCUGGACAAACACGAAGGCUGAGACUAAACCACUUUCCCUCUGAGGAUCUGAUUAUCAACAAUAUGAUGUCUGCAGCUGUAGAUUCUCGCUUGAUUACUUCAAAUAUGAAAGGCCACAUGAAGCAAACCUAUCGUGCUCGCGCGGGUGAGAGUGGCAAGAUCCAGUCUCCAGGCUUUCCUCAUUCUUCCUACCCUGCCAACACCUACAUUGAUUGGCAGCUCCGUGCUGACCCUAAACACAGAAUUCGGCUAGAGUUUACAGACAUACACUUGGAGAAUGAGUGCCACAAUGACUUCAUUAGGGUGUAUGAUUCUCUUAUUCCCAAUGAGAAUCAAAUCAUGACAGAGAAAUGUGGACAGUACACCCAAAAUGAUAAGCUGGCUUUCCUGUCCUCCACAAAUGUCAUGUUAGUAACUCUGAUCACAAAUGAAGAGAAGAAUUUCCCAGGCUUUAGCGCGAAUUACUCCCAGGUACCAGCACAAAUUCAAGGGUGUGGUGGGAAACUAACAGGGAUGAAAGGCACGUUCACAUCUCCAGGUUUUCCUUCCAGUUAUCCUCCGCAGAGCAAGUGUUAUUGGAAUAUUGAAGUUCCCAAGGAAAAUCACAUCAGAGUAAAUUUGAACACAUUUGCGCUGAAAGAUCGAAAGCAGAGUUCAGAAAACUGUACUAAAGACUACCUGGAAAUUAAUGGCAACAGGAUGUGUGGUAGAAAAACUGACAAUGUACCCAUCAUCAUCAAGUCUAAUAAGGCAGACAUAAAAUUCUUGUCUGACCUGUCUUAUGUAGACAAGGGCUUCUCUGCAGAGUUUGAGGCCUUCUCACCCUCGGAUCGUUGUUCUAAAAAAUUCCGCUGUGAAAACAAUGCCUGCAUUUCUCAGGAGCUGCGAUGUGAUGGCUAUGAUGACUGUGAAGACAUGAGUGACGAGAGGAACUGUGUCUGUAGUGAUUCUUACAUCAAAUGCAAGAAUGGCUUCUGCAAGCCCAAAUACUGGCAAUGUGACAAAGUAAAUGACUGUGGUGACAAUACAGACGAGGAGAACUGUGAAAACUGUAAACCUGGGGAAAUAGCCUGUCGGAAUGGCCACUGUAUCCCUGAGCAAAAGAGGUGUGAUGGACAUAAUGACUGUGAGGAUGGUACAGAUGAAUCCAAAUGCUCCAAAUCUAUUGUCCUCACCUGCUCUGAGUUUACAUUUAAAUGUAAGGACAACAAGUGCAUCAGCAAACAGAACCCACAAUGCGAUGGGCACAAAGAUUGUGAGGAUGGUUCUGAUGAAGAAGGCUGCGAAUGUGGAACGAGGCCAUACCAGUCCUCUCAGAUUGUGGGUGGUGAGGAUGCCAAGGAAGGCAGUUGGCCCUGGCAGGUUAGCCUUCACCUAGUAGGCAUGGCUCAUGUGUGUGGAGCCUCGCUGAUCAGCGAUCGCUGGCUAGUAACCGCUGCACACUGUAUUCACGAGCCUGACAGAUAUUCCGGGCCAGACCAGUGGGAUGUGUACCUGGGGCUGCACAGCCAGGGUGAUUUCAACUCACCCAAGAUACAGCAUAAAAAUGUGAAGCAGAUCAUCUGUCAUCCAGAGUACAACCCCAUGGGCCACAAUAAUGACAUUGCUCUGAUGGAGCUGGACAGUCCUGUCACCCUUGGCCAGCACAUCUGGCCUAUCUGCCUUCCUGCAGCCACAUACAUGUUGCCUGCAGGCCAGUCUGUGUGGAUUACAGGAUGGGGGAAAAUCAGAGAGGAGGGACGUUUAGCGACAGUGCUGCAAGAAGCCAAGGUGCGUAUCAUCAACGAAACAGUCUGCAAUCAGCUGCUUAAAGAUAUGGUCACGCCACAGAUGAUCUGUGCUGGAAUUCUGACUGGAGGAGUGGAUGCUUGUCAGGGUGACUCAGGUGGACCCAUGUCCUUUGUAGACCCCGAAUCUGGUCACUUUUUCCUUGUCGGGGUUGUUAGCUGGGGUGAAGGCUGUGGCCGAAAGGGGAAGCCUGGAAUUUACACACAUGUCGCCAAGUAUAGCAGCUGGAUCAGAGAGAAUAUUAAGGUUUAAAAUGUACUUUUGUGAAUUCUGACCAAUCUCACUUACUUCCAGAUACACAUUUCAGUCCAAUUCCACCAAAUCCACAAAAAAGUUUUAUCUUUGCUAUUAAGCUGUUUUUAUUUGUAUUUGUAUGUCAGUUGUUUUUCAUUGUAUGUAAUUUGUUAUAUACAUAUUAGGGCUUUCAAAAUUAACACGUUAAUAACUUCAAAUCAGACUUUAAAUGUAAUUUUAUUAACAUGCGUUUAAUGUUUCUGUUUCACUAUUUUUAUUAAAAAUAUAAAUUAAUAAACUUUUUUUUUUUACUGAUGCACCAAGUCUUAAAUCAAUUUAUAUCACAUGAGAAAUGUUUUA